AUGGCUUUGCCGGUUGGCGACAAUUCCAUGGACUCGGUGUGGAUUGUUCCCUGUGCAUUUGGCGAGUAUCGCCGGCUGAACGGGACGUGUGCGGCGUGUGCGGUGUGCUCCGAUGGGCAACAGGUGCUGGAAGACUGCACGGAGCAGUCGGAUACGGUGUGCGCCUGUCAAAGCGGGACAUUUCGGGAUCCGGUGAGCAACGGGUGCGCGACAUGCCGGCAGUGUCCGACGGGAACGAGCGUCCAGCGGGAGUGCAGUGCCACGGCCGACACGGAGUGCAGUGUGUGCCCCGACGGCGAAUACUUCGACAUGGUCAGCAACGUGUGUAUGCGCUGCAGCCAGUGCGCCGCCAACGAGAUCCAGCUGAGCCGCUGUCUGCCCAAUUCCGACACGGUCUGCAUCGUAAGGGACAUGGUCAGUUUGCGCCGGUUCAAUCCCUCGCACGCCAAACACACUGCCAACGCGGCCGCACCACCGCCCAAACGGCCCGCAACCGGCAAAAAACAGGACAAGGAAGACGUGGACUACGACCAACCCAGUGUCCUGUAUUUCCUGCCGUUUUGCGGAAUUAUUCUUGUGACCUCGAUCUACGCGGCCAUCCAGACAUACAGCAACACCACCCAGCGCCCCCUCUCCUGUGGCGGCUGGCAGCGCCUAUCCAGCCUCUUCCGACGCGCCCAGCCCCCCACCCCGCCCGCCUUGACCAUCACCGUCAACCCGCGCAUCCUCCACCGCCCGCCGCUCCACCCGCCCGUCCUCACCCGGCCCAGCACCGACGCCGGCGCAGCGCCGCUCCGCAGCCCCGCCGCGCCCCCGAUCCCCCCGGCCCCCUUUAUCCUCCCCACCUGGACCAGUCCGCGGCGCUCCAUGCUGUUGCAUCAGGAACGCGCCGGCACGGAGUGGGAGGAGGAGUGCGCACCGCAGCCCCGCCCGCGGAUGCCCACCGCCUGA